AUCCUUCAGCCAAAUACUGCGGGAACUUUUGAUCUCUCCUGGUGGUCUAUUGUGCUGAAAGAAUGUAUUUAAAUAAUCAUCAAUAUUGCCUUUUUUAGCAAUAACCAGAUGAGAUCAACAUUAUAAUUUAUUUGAUCAAACAUUACAACUAAAAUGCUCGGCUUAAAUGUGUAGAGCUUGGAGUUUAGGGUUUAGAGGGAAAAGCUGUAUUGAAUAAUAUAGUAUUUUUUGCCGGCUGAUAAGCAAGAAAUAUAAAGGAAUCCGUUCUGUAAAACAUGAGCUCAGCUGCACACAGAGCGGACCACCCACAGGUGCUGGAGAGUCUGUCUGAGUGAGUGCUGGUGUGUGGAGGAGAGCAGAGGGGAGUUUGGAAAAAUGGCAAUUUCGUCGCCAUUGUAAACCAAGGACUGCCCUCUUUAUCCCCACCGCCGACCACAAAGAGGGACUCCGCUCCGCCGCGGCGAAUGGAAAUAACUGGAAAAACCGCACACUGGUUGUUUCAACACAACGCCAAAAAGUUUCUGCCUUUGGAAAAUGCUAACAUGGGACGGCGAAGAUAGUUUGAAGCAUCUCGCUGGAGGAGGUGCAUACUAGCUUCCCACUAUGAACAGCAGCAGGAAUGGGACAGCAGUGGGGAAUGCCACUGGCGUUCUGGGUGCCGAUGGGACGGUGGUGCUGGAGUCAGCCUCCAUCAUCGUUAUUGCUUUGCUCAUCUGCUUGGGGAACCUGCUCAUCGUGGUGACGCUCUAUAAGAAGCCAUACCUGCUGACACCCAGCAACAAGUUCGUCUUCAGCCUGACGUUUUCCAACCUGCUGCUCUCUGUGCUGACGCUUCCCUUUGUAGCUGCCAGUUCAGUGCGGAGAGAAUGGAUCUUUGGUGUAGUGUGGUGCAACUUCACAGCCUUGCUUUAUCUGCUGGUCAGUUCAGCUAGCAUGCUCACACUAGGAGCCAUUGCCAUUGACAGGUAUUAUGCUGUGCUGUAUCCUAUGAUCUACCCCAUGAAGAUCACAGGAAACCGGGCCAUGGUGGCCAUUGCUUAUGUCUGGAUUCACUCCUUAGUGGGCUGCCUGCCGCCUCUCUUCGGGUGGUCCACAUUCGAAUUUGAUCGCUUCAAAUGGACCUGCACGGCGGCCUGGCACAGGGAGGUCAGCUAUACUGCCUUCUGGAUCACAUGGUGCUGCUUGCUUCCCUUGGUAGCCAUGCUAGUAUGCUAUGGAGUUAUUUUCCGUGUGGCUCGUAUUAAAGCUCGUAAGGUGUACUGUGGGGCCGUGGUGGUUCCUCAAGAGGAGUCCGGCUCGCACAAGAACGGUCGAAAGAACUCAAAUACCUCCACCUCGUCCAGCGGCAGCCGCAAGAGCCUUAUAUACUCGGGCAGCCAGUGCAAGGCCUUAGUAACCAUCCUGGUGGUCAUAGGGACAUUCCUGGCCACCUGGGGGCCCUAUAUGGUGGUCAUCGGAACUGAGGCAUAUUGGGGAAAAGACAGUGUUUCUCCACAGCUGGAGACCCUAGUGUCCUGGCUAUCAUUCACUAGUGCAGCUUGUCACCCGCUCAUCUAUGGCCUGUGGAACAAGACUGUACGCAAGGAGCUCCUGGGCAUGUGCUUUGGGGGGCGCUACUACAGAGAGUCAUUCGUUACACGCCACCGGACGUCCAGACUCUUCAGCAUCUCCAAUCGAAUCACAGACCUAGGAAUGUCUCCUCACCUGACGGCCAUGCUGGUGGGCGGAGGGCAGCUUUUGGGGCCCAGCAGCAGUACGGGUGACACUGGUUUCAGCUAUACUCAGGAUUCUGCUACAGACGUCAUGCUACUAGAUAACUACUCCUCAGAAAUCUCCCACUCUACACACUAUAGUGGCAUUAAGAGAAGAAGCUCCGUCACAUUUGAGGACCAAGUGGAGCAACCUCACAAAGGUGACUGCCCAACAGUCCAAGUCACUGCAGACAUACAUAAGUCUCUGGACAGCUUUGCGUCAUGUCUGGCCAAGUCUAUAGAGAACGAUGCCAAGAUGCAGCUUUUCGGGGAGAGCACGCCAGUCUCCAGCAGUCUACUGAUUGUACGCCACACUCAGCGAGGGCCUCGCUACCUGAAUGGACAGAGACUCAGGAUGGAGAGCAUCGAUGAAGGAAUUGUUAAAGAUAACGAACAAGAAGAUGAAGAAAACGUCCAUGAUGGCUCUGUAUAGUUUCUUUAUCUACUGCACUUUAGAGUACAGUAUAUAACCUGCCCACUGUGCACAUUGCUGCCUUAUAUGGUACAGAACAUACCUACCCUACACCACCACAGGUGUGUGGUGCCAUGUUUGUCAUUGAUAAACAUGGCAACACUGAGUGGCGUUUGUUUAAAUCACAGCCUUGGAUAAGGUACACUGUGAGAGUUAAUAGCCCAGGUCUGGUGUGGAAAGGCUCCCUUUUUGGUGAAGUGUAUUGUAAUGGAGUAGCAAAGUGAGGGAGACAUGCUAGUGUACUGCUUUCCCUCAGCAAAGCUAUACUUUUGUACAGUCAAAUGAUAUUGCAAAAGAACAUAACUUUGGAAUUUGUUUGGUACUGGAUCCGUUACCUAUGACCACUGUAUUUAGUAAUGACACUAUGUAGAUUUAAUAUUCCUCAUGUAUGUUAGGGUACAUAUUAUGCUAGAUGACUAUACUAUACAGACCCUGCCUUAAUGCUAGCUGUGUUCUUUAAAUGAUUAAUCUUGUAUUCCUGUUUACAUGUGAAGACAGUUUGGUCUUUUAGUAGGCUGGGCAGUAUAAAACAAAAAUCGCAGUACUCAGACAUUUUCAUGAUAUACAAUGUUUCACAUUCUUUAGUGUUUUCAAGGUUUAUGAACAAGUGAAAUUGGACAAAAUGCAGCAGCAAAACAGUAGUGCCACAUUUUAAAAAUAAUUUUGUAAUACACUUUAAACUUUAUGGAUACAUGCAUUUGUUUAAUGUUCUAAAUGUACUGAUACGAUACAACAUACUCAGAGAAGUGUAUUUGUAACAUUUUAUCAUGAAAGUGAUAUAUUGCUCACCCAUAUUUUACAGUGUAGGGGCUACAAUACUACGUUUGAGAUUAUUCACAAUGUAAAGAACAGACCAUGAGGUGCAUUAUAAGCAGUAUUUUGACAAGAUAUUCAACCCCUAUUCUUUUGGGAUAGGCUUAUUCCAGCUAUAGGUCAUGAGGGGUCAUAUGAUGCCUUAAAAGCUUUAGAGUCCAUCCACUCUGAAUGCCACUAGUAUUGGUACUGAAUUGCAGCAGAAGCAGUGUUACAAUUGUCUUUUAUGUACAACUGCACUUGAAAAUGGUAUGUAGCAUCUGACAUUUGGUGCUUCUCAGAUUAAGGAAAAAGUGCACAGCCUUGGUAUGUUUUAACUGCAUAUUUAACAAAGAACAGUGUGCAUUCUCAAUUAAUUCCUGUGGAAUGUUUUGGAAAAUGCAUUGUGUGUGAAGUGUUUUUAUACCAAAAUCAAUAUUCAGGGUUCUGUACAUGGUCUUGAAAACAAAGCAAUGCCAUAAAGAGACUGGAUUUGAGGAUUUCUUGUAAUGGUUUAUUGCGAUCCAAAAGAAAGUUCGGAUUAUCCAUUUCAAAUGUUAAAGUAAUUAAAUCCUUUUAAAAGUUUCUUUUCAAAAUGCGUUCAGUGUCCAUAUUUCACAGCACAUUCAAUACCAUAAAUAUUCAUAUUCUCCUUUAUACUCUUGUGUACAGCUAGAGUUCUCACGAGUGGUGGAGGAAGAGAUGGCUAACAUUCCUGAAUGGUGUGAAAUGACUGGUGUAAAGCACCACAGGGGGAUGGAGGCUGAGGCAGAGCCAUUCUGUCUGCUCCCCUAUAAUCAGUAGCCACUUAGCAGAGCACUCUGGUCAGCAGCUGCCAAAACAAAUACCAUCUGUCCUGUUAGCAGAGAAACACUCAAAACAAUGCUCUGCCAGCCAUCAGUGAGCAGAACCAUUUUGCCCAAUAGCUGUGGGCUGAACUGACUGAUCAAAGGCCGACGGUAUGAACCUACAUACCUGCCUACUCACAUUUCUUUUACACAUGCAGUGCACUUUAAUACAACCUUGUCUGGAUCCUUCAACAGUACAAACUCUCAGAUUUGAAGCCUUACUUAUAGUCUGUAGACAUGGCAGUUGGUAUUUGAUUCCAAACAAACAGGUUGCUCCUGGAAGAACGAAUGAAGAAUCAUUGGGAUUGAAAAAGACAGACUAUCUUUACACAACCCACAUACUGAGUACAGAGAAAACUGAAAACGGAAAUCAUUUUCAGCAAUAGAAACUUAAAGCAUGAUUUCAUGUCUGACAUGCAUAACUCCAGGUAUACAAACAUCUGAAUUCUUUUAGUGAUACGAUGCUACAAAAAAAAAA